GGCGGGACAAAGGGAGGGAGAGGGGAGGAGCCUGGGCGCUGAGAAAGUUUAUGGGGAAAGUUGAGCAGAGCGAGGCGCUGGGCGGUGGCUGGGGAGGGCGAGAGGGCCAGACCCGAUUUCCUUGCGGCUCCUCAGGUGGCCUGACGCUGACAGAGGCAAAAAACUGCUAACUCAGGGGGCAGACUCAACCAGGGCUGUGAGCAGUCCUGGGGAAUGACCCCCCGAUCUCGAACCGGCGCCUUCCGUGGCUGCACGGCUGUCUCAAGCUGUCUCUGCCUCUGUGCCUGGCCUUUGCCCUGUCCCUCUCUAGUGUUACCCUUCCCUGUGCCACAUGGGCCCUCUGUCUUCUACCAGGACCAUGCGCCUCUGGGGGCCUUGGAGCCUGGGGGUGGCUCUGGGAGUCUUCAUGACCAUCGGAUUUGCCCUCCAACUCUGGGGGGGCCCCUUCCAGAGGAGGCUACCUGGGCUGCAGCUCCGACAGCCCUGGGCCCCAUCUCCGGGACCAGCUGUUCCAUCCUGCCCACCUCGGCAGCGACUUGUUUUCCUGAAGACGCAUAAAUCCGGGAGCAGCUCUGUGCUGAGCCUGCUUCAUCGCUACGGGGACCGACACGGGCUGCGCUUCGCCCUCCCCGCCCGCUACCAGUUCGGCUACCCAAGGCUUUUCCAGGCCUCUCGGGUCAAAGGCUACCGCCCUCAGGGUGGAGGCACCCAGCCCCCCUUCCACAUCCUCUGUCAUCACAUGAGGUUCAACCUGAAAGAGGUACUUCAGGUCAUGCCUUCUGACAGCUUCUUCUUUUCCAUUGUCCGAGACCCAGCAGCUCUGGCCCGUUCUGCCUUCUCCUACUAUAAAUCCACCUCAUCGGCCUUCCGCAAAGCACCGUCCUUGGCUGCCUUCCUGGCCAAUCCUCGAGCCUUCUACCGGCCUGGGGCUCGUGGGGACCACUAUGCACGCAACUUGCUAUGGUUUGACUUUGGCCUCCCCUUUCCCCCAGAGAUGAGAACCAAGAGAGGGAAUCCUCAACCCCUCAGGGACCCCAACCUCCCACAGCUCCGCGUCUUGCCUUCUGGCGCUGACCCUCGAGCCCACACCCAGGAUCCCAAUGCUCUCUUCCGUCCUGCUCCCACUAUUGCUGACAGCCAGAUGUCCAGCCCUGCCUCUUUAGAUUUGGAGUCCUCGUCCUUCAUCCAGUGGAAUCUGGCCUGGCUGGACUCAGUCUUUGACUUGGUCUUGGUAGCCGAGUACUUUGAUGAGUCAUUGGUUCUGCUGGCAGACGCCCUGUGCUGGGGUUUGGAUGAUGUGGUGGGCUUCAUGCACAAUGCCCAGGCUGGAGGUAAGCUGGGUGGAAGCACUGUCGGCAAUGGUGGAUUGACUGCUGAGGACAGGCAGCUGACCGCUCGGGCUCGAGCCUGGAACAACCUGGACUGGGCUCUCUAUGUUCACUUCAACCACAGUCUGUGGGCACGGAUAAAGCAAUACGGCCAGAACCGGCUGCAGAGUGCUGUGGCGGAGCUGCGAGCUCGCCGAGAGGCCCUGGCUAAACAUUGUCUGGUGGGGGGUGAGGCUUUAGACCCCAAAUACAUCACUGACCGUCGGUUCCGCCCUUUCCAGUUUGGGUCAGGUAAGGUUCUGGGCUAUGUACUUCGGAGUGGACUGAGCCUCCAAGACCAGGUGGAGUGUGAGCGCCUGGCUACCCCUGAGCUACAGUACAAGGACAAGCUAGAUGCUAAGCAGUUCCCCCCAACAGUCUCUCUGCCCCUCAAAACUUCAAGGCCACUCUCCCCAUAGGCAUCAGAGUACUAAGUCCUAGGCUGAAGAGCAGCUAAGCUUGAAGGGCACGUGUGAGGACUGUGGGACAGCCAGAUGCAUUUUGCUGCCCUCAGAAAGCAUGUCUAGAUGCUUUCCAGAGG